AUGCCAGCCCGUCGUGGAUGGAAACAACCCAAGCAAGACCAUAGUGUAUACGUGCAGCAGUUGUUUAAAGAUUUUCUAACGAGAAACACUGAAAAGCCUGCAGAUAUAGCUGACACAGAUACUCGAACAAAUUUCUUUCAGCGUGAUUCGACUGCUGCGGUACAGCGCAAACAACCUGGUAUAUUUGAUCGUGCAGUUUACGCACGUUUCGAGCGUGACACACAUAAUGGGGGAUUUAUGCGACAAGAACCCGUUGCCGGUUUGAAAACAGGCCUAAUGAAAUGGAUUGACCAUCAACGAAAUCAUCGUACACAUCAAAAUGUAUUACAUAAAACAACGCGUUCAGACGACUACCUGAACUUACCGGGUAACUUUUUUUCCGGAUCUGAUCAAAUGCAAUUGCCAUUCGAUGCGGCUGAUAAAACAAUAGGUAACGUUACGAAUAAUUUUGUACCGCCGGCUGCAUCAACACCAUUCGAUCGUUUGUCUUCGUUUGGAAUUUCCGGAGUCCUUUCCGACCCCGAAGAAUUUCAGUCAAAUACACCUAAUACUUCACCAUGUGACGAAAACACAAUCGAAUGGAAAGCAUUCCUCAAUAGUGUGGAAGAAUAUUUAAUUAGUAUACAUCAAGACGAUGAUACAACGCAAGAGGAAAUUCUUCUAACUGCCUCUCCCCCUUCUCCCACUUUGUCAUCUAGACGUAGACAUGGUUUGUACGAGGAAAACACAUUUUUAUUACCUGACCAUAUGUCUACCGACGACACGCUGAUGCAAAAACUGGAUGCUUUGCUAGACGAUGAUGACUUCAACGGGAUGCAAAAGGGCUUCAUCGGUGAUUUUGAUUUUACAAGUCCAGCAAAUCAAACGAUGAAUGUCACUUUUCCAACUCAUUUUCAAAUAUCAGAAGAUACCCUUGAAGACUCCAUGCUGAACGUAGACAUAGCAGAAACUCCUUUGCACUUGUCCCAAGAUAUGCUAUCAGCAACAACUUUGUCGGUAAUACGCGAACCAUUUUUUUGA